AUGGAAGAACUGAUUCAACAACUUAAAGUAGUACAGGCAACUGCCUUCUCGCUGUACUUAAAGGCACAUAACUUUCACUGGAACGUCAAUGGUCCAGAUUUCGCACAGUAUCACGCAUUCUUAGGUACUGUAUAUGCUCAAGUGUUUGAGUCUAUUGAUGACUAUGCCGAGAAGAUUCGUUCACUAGACAGCUUCGCACCUGGUUCACUGCUACGCUUUUCCCAGCUAUCAAAGAUUCAGGAUGAAGUCAACAUUCCUACCAGCCUAGCUAUGAUUUCGAAGUUAGCUAUCGACAAUGACACCUUGAUUGAGGAACUCUAUGCUACCGAUGCGCUUUGUGAUACGCUGAACCAGCGUGGCAUUCAGAACUACAUCCAAGGCCAGAUUGAGGCCCAUGAAAAACUUCGCUGGAUGCUGAAAAGUUUCCCAAAAUAA